AUGCCUUCGAGGAAGAGAUCCACCCCACAUGCCAGUGCCGGGCGAAGGAGGUCCGGUCGCCUGUCCUCCGUUGAGCAGAAGAGCUCCUACUUUGAACCCUCUGAGGAUGAGUCGGAAGACCGUGAGGCUCCUGUAAAGAGACACAAGGUCUCGCCCAAGAUAAAAAAGGAUGUGCACGAGGGCCACGACGACCCGGAUGACAACGACAAUGCCGACAUUGCCGAUGACGACGACGAUGACGACGACGAGGCUCCGCGCAGGGUUGAAAUCAUACCGCUCGAGAAGCUGCGGGACACGGGUGGAGUGGAAUACGCAAACCGCAAGGUACACAAGAACACGCUGCUGUUUCUCGCAGAGCUCAAGGCCAACAACAAGCGGUCUUGGUUGAAAUCACACGACGGAGAGUUCAGACGCGCUCUGAAAGACUGGCAAUCCUUUGUCGAAGCCGCCACAGAAACAGUCAUUGACGUGGACGGCACGGUUCCGGAACUCCCGGUCAAAGACGUCGUUUUCCGAAUAUACAGAGACGUCCGGUUUAGCAAGGUCAAGACCCCAUACAAGCCUCACUUCUCUGCCGCGUGGUCGAGAACGGGGAAAAAGGGCCCCUAUGCAUGCUACUACAUCCACUGCGAGCCUGGCUCAUCCUUCAUCGGCGGAGGACUAUGGCACCCGGAAGCGUCGCUCGUCGCAAAACUCCGCCGCAGCAUAGACCGGCAGCCCUGGCGCUGGCGCCAGACGCUCAACGAGCCCUUGUUGAAGAAGACGUGCUUCCCAGGCCUCAGAGGCGUCGACAAUGCCGAGGCAGCCGUCAAGACCUUUGUCGACAGAAACCAAGAAAACGCGCUGAAGAAGCGACCAAUGGGCUACGAAGCUACUCAUAAGGACAUUGGGUUGUUGAAGCUGCGAAACUACACUAUUGUGGUCCAGAUUGAUGCCGAGGCGCUCACAAAGGAUGACGCGCAGAGCCAGCUGCGCCAAGUAAUCCAAGCUCUCUCUGGUUUUAUAACAUUUUUGAACGGCAUAAUCAUGCCGGAUCCAGCUCUCGAUGGCGAUGAGGAUGAGGAAGAUGGCGAUGACGGUGACGACGGUGACGACGGCGAUGGCAACGAUGUCAACGAUGACGACGAAUAA